AUGGAUGGGGUGUGGUAUGUGCGGCGUGUGGUAUUGGAUGGAGUGUUGCAUGUGCGGCGUGUGGUUUGGAUGGAGUGUUGGUAUGUGCGGCGUGUGGUUUGGAUGGUGUUGCAUGUGUGGUUUGGAGUGUGGUAUGUGCGGCGUGAAUGUGCGGUAUGUGGUAACUGGAGGGUGUUGCAUGUGCGGCGUGUGGUUUGGAUGGAGUGUGGUAUGUGCGGCGUGUGGUUUGGAUGGAGUGUUGCAUGUGCGGCGUGUGGUUUGGAUGGAGUGUUGCAUGUGAGGCGUGUGGUUUGGAUGGAGUGUGGUAUGUGCGGCGUGAAUGUGCGGUAUGGGGUAACUGGAGGGUGUUGCAUGUGCGGCGUGUGGUUUGGAUGGAGUGUGGUAUGUGCGGCGUGUGUGGUUUGGAUGGAUGUGAGGGUGUGGUUUGGUGUUGAUGUGGGCGUGUGGUUUGGAUGGAGUGUUGAUGUGAGGGUGUGUGUGCUGUGUGAUGUGGUUAUGGAGGUGUUGAUGUGGGGUGUGGUUGCAUGUGAGGCGUGUGGUUUGGAUGGAGUGUGGUAUGUUGGCGUGAAUGUGCGGUAUGGGGUAACUGGAGGGUGUUGCAUGUGGCGUGUGUUUAUGGCGUGUGGUUUGGAUGGAGUGUUGCAUGUGCGGCGUGUGGUUUGGAUGGAUGUGCGGCGUGUGGUUUGGAUGGAGUGUGGUAUGUGCGGCGUGAAUGUGCGGUAUGGGGUAACUGGAGGGUGUUGCAUGUGCGGCGUGUGGUUUGGAUGGAGUGUUGCAUGUGAGGCGUGUGGUAUGGAUGGAGUGUUGUAUGUGCGUGUGGUUUGGAUGGAGUGUUGUGGGCGUGUGGUAUGGGUAACUGGAGGUGUUGCAUUUGCGGCGUGUGGUUUGGAUGGAGUGUGUUAUGUACCGUAUGGGGUAACUAGAGGGUGUUGCAUGCGCGGCGUGUGGUUUGGAUGGAGUGUUGCAUGUGAGGCGUGUGGUUGUGGUUUGGAUGGAGUGUUGCAUGUGCGGCGUGUGGUUUGGAUGGAGUUUGCAUGUGAGCGUGUGGUUUGGAUGGAGUGA